UUUUACCCUAUAGUGAAAGUCACGUAGGUUCUCGUACCUAACGGGAAUGAGUUGUCACCACUCUUUUCUGGGAAAGAUUACCUCUAGUGCAUAGAAGCAUCACUAAAUGAUGAAAUUUCUCAACGACAUGCAGCCGUAGAUAGAUGCAAGAAACUUGCAAAAGACGGUUUAAAAAAACAACAACACAAACAUUACAAUUCUCAGAUGGGAGUGAAAAAAUAAAUUGCAAAGAAUUGCAAAGAAAUGAAGUUUAAACUGGAUUGAAGUUGUUUAUGUAAUGAUGUUGAACAAAAAGAGGCAAUUUCAGUGCACAGUUUCACAAUGAUGGAUUAGCGGCUCACGGAUGCGCUUUGAAAGUUUUUUUGCUUUUAAAUUACUUAGAUUGAAGCAGAUGGCUUAAAAGAUGUGAAAGUGAGAUUUAUUUCAAUUUGAAUUUCUAGUCAUGUAUACAGUUUCCUAUUCAAGUAUAUUUUUAUUAGCAUUAUCGGAGUGUGUAGCAAAAAAAUAGUAAAGUUGUGAAAAUAUAUACUUCAAAAAUUUGUGUAAUGUUGCAAUUAACUAAAAAUAUAUACACUAAGAAGGUGAUUUACAUGCAGUAUUUCUGAAAUAAGUAUUGUCACUGUGAAAGGAAAAAACAUAUAAUUAAAAAGCAGUGUCUGAAACUUUUUUUUGAGUUGUGAAAUCAGCAAUCUGGUAGUAUCAGAAUUUUGAGUUGUGAAAUCAACUGACUAGCAGUAUUAUAAAUUUGAGUUGUCAAAUCAGCAUUCUGGCAGUAAAAUAAUUUCGAGUUGUGAAAUCGGCAAACAGACUGCAAGAUGCGGAGGAAACACAUAAUAUUCUUCGUAGUGGCGAUGUUUCUGACUUGGAACAUGCUGAUGUACAAAACUAUCGUCGGAAAAAGCAACGGUGUACAGCCUCACAAUCACGAAAAUGUCGAAGGAAAGCUGUCAGUGUUACAGAGCGAGAUCGAAAAACAACUAAAGAAUAACGAACAAUUGCUGACGGAACUUCGUAAGUUACGAUCGGAGCUGUCAGAGAAAAAACAGCAAAGCCAGUUAAAACCGACGCAGGCAGUUGUGACACAAGCACCGCCGAAAGCGAAAGGACCAAAUUCGACAGGAGAGAAUGAGUCGUGGUUAAAGUUGAAAGACACAGACAAAGUGGAUGAUAUUGUCUUGCCGAUUUUAAUGAUCGCGUGUGAUCGAGCUGAUGCUGUGAGCAGGAGUCUGGACCUUGUUUUGAAGCACCGACCAGACAGGAAGCGCUUUCCGGUGAUAGUCAGCCAGGAUUGUGGUCACCAGCAGACGUCAGACGCCAUACAGAAAUAUGUACAAGACCAUGGGGUUGUGCAUAUAAAGCAACCAGAUUUAGGCAAAGUCAACGUCCCAUGGCCUCAGAGGAAAUUUGAAGGCUACUACAAGAUAUCACGUCAUUACAAGUGGGCUCUCAACCAGAUAUUCCAUACGUUCAACCAUUCAGCGGUCAUCAUCGUAGAAGAUGACCUUGACAUCAGCCCAGAUUUCUAUGAGUAUUUUGCGGCGACAUUCCGAGUCCUUCAUCAAGACAGCUCGUUGUGGUGUGUGUCCGCGUGGAAUGAUAAUGGGAAACUCAACAUGGUGAAAGAUGACCCAGAGCUUCUUCAUCGGACAGACUUCUUCCCGGGGCUUGGCUGGAUGUUUGAGAGAAAACUCUGGCUGGAGCUUGGACCCAAAUGGCCUGACACGUUUUGGGACGACUGGAUGAGACAUCCGGACCAGCGACAGGGCCGGUCAUGUAUACGUCCUGAGCUCAGUAGAACAAGCACAUUUGGCAAGAAAGGUGUCAGCAAGGGGCUGUUCUUUGAGAAGCACCUGAAAUUUAUCCAGCUCAAUGACAAAGUUGUGCCUUUUACACAGAGGGACCUUUCAUAUCUAAUCAAGGAAAAUUACGACCCCAAGUUUGUUCAGUAUAUUUACAACCUGCCAGAGGUGACAGCCUCGGAGGUAAAAGCUCAAAGCAAGAAAGCUCUUCCAGAGGUCCGAGUUACGUACAAAACUAAAGAGCAGUUUAAGGAUGCUGCAAAGAAAUUGGGCAUUAUGGAUGAUUUUAAGGCAGGUGUAGAAAGGACAGCUUAUAUGGGAGUGGUCAGUUUUAGUUACCAGGGACAACGGGUGCAUGUAGCCCCACCUAGUGACUGGGCUGGAUAUGAUACAACAUGGAGCUAGCAGUGCCAGCUAGAAAUAGGUGCUAGCUAGGAAAUCUAGUGAUAAGUGCUAGGUCAUAGAAAUUUCAUUCAUGCUUAGCAGAUAUUGUGAUAUUGUAUGUAUUAAACUAUUGCUGACUUAUAAAUAGCUUAGCAAACAGAAGAAUAAUGGUAUAGUGGAUAAAACUAGAAAUGAAUUCUAAGUAGGAAAUACAAUGGGAGAAGCUAGCAAUGGCUGCUGCAAUGGAAAAACAGCGGGAAAAGUUAGCAAUUAAUGCUACAUGGGAAAAACAAUGGGAGAAGCUAGCUAUGGAUGUCACAAUGGAAGAACAGCGGGAAAAGCUAGGAAUGGAUGCUACAUGGGAAAAACAACGGGAAAAGCUAGCAAUGGAUGCUACGUGGGAAAACAAUGGGAGAAGCUAUCAAUGGAUGAAACUAUGGGAGAAAAACCGGCUUUUGUGCUGAAGCAGAUUUAUUGUGAUAUUGUUGUGUUUAUCGAUGGUUAAAAGAAAAGAUUGUUCACAAGGAAACCACAAUGAGCCAGCAGCUUAAGUCAGCAAGUGGUGCUAGGUGAUAAAUUAUCCCAUUUUUGGCUAGCACUUUGAUGGAAGUUGUCCCACUAAAAGCUAGUAUAAUGAGCAGGAUAUUAUCCCACUUAGAGUUAGCACAGUUUGCUGUCCCACUUAAUUUGCUAGAUAAUGGACAGAAUGAUAUCCCACUAAGUUCUAGCACUUUGUGAAAUAUUGGAAUAUGAUGUCCCACUUAAUGAACUAGCAUUUGGCAGGAAUUUAUCCCACUUGCAGUAUUAAAGCACUACGCAGGACAGUUCAGUAUGAACAGAUCAUUGUUUUCAUAUCAUGCUUGUCAUGGAAUAGGCAAUAGCAUUGCAUUUCUUUUUGACAUCAUUCAAUCUAGUGAUGUUUGCCAAUAGAAAAUCAUUUAUUUGGUAAUGGUUACAGCACCCAUAAUCCAAGUUAUUGAAAUUAUAAACGAGCACUCUUUUUUUCGGCCCCUUUCCCCUCUUGAAAAAAUAAUUUCCACAACCCAAGUAAAAAAACAUUUUUCUUUUUCUUGAGCAGCAUUGACAUCUUUAUAUUGAGCAAUGUAGCAAUAAAGUUUCAUUUAUGAAUAAGUUGAUAGGUUUGUUAAAAAAGGUAUGACAACAAUUUUUUUGCCAAAAUAAAGCUAUUUUUUCCAUAUCAAAGGGCCCUGCUCCCAUUCCCCUUUAAAGUGGUAAAAAACACUGUAGUGCAUAAUUUCAAUCAUGAGGGUUGAGGGUGAGGCAACUGUUUCAUACCUUGCUGUCAUGGACAACGUUCAAUAAAUAUCAAAUGCCAUAAAUGAAUAGCAUUGUAAUUUAUCUGCAUUAUUUUUUUUUGUCUUUUGGGUCAAAAAAUAUCAUUAUUGUGUCCGAUUUUUUACUGCCAAAAAAUAUGUUAUGGUAGAUCAGGAUUUAAUUUUAGAGUACAGCUGUGUAUUUAUGAAUUUCAUUUUCACACUUUCACAAAACUGUCAGUGUUGAUCAGACAAUUUUUAAAAACAGUUCAUUAAGGCGUCUUGUGGUAUAUGGAAUCUACCAAUUGUGGGUUUUUACUUAAAAUGGUAUAUACCAGCGAUGUGACAAUUUGGCUCUGGCAUUCACAGAAAUAGGGCAGAUAAGGAAGCCAAAAAGUUUUUGAAAAACAAACAAAAUAGCACUUAUAAUUAUUUAUUUAACAGUUUUUUAACGGAAUAAUGUGUAAAACUGUUGAAUGGAAGAAUUUUCUAUUACCUUUUAAUUAAAAAUUCUGAGAGGUUGGCUAAAAACAGACAUAGAUUUUAUAUGUGUAGCUAAACGACCGAUAGAUUUUAUAUGUGUAGCUAAACGACCGUCUUAAGCUGUGCCCUCGGAACUUUGUCCCUAAUGUUUAUAUAGCAAGUAACAAUGGGCUUGUGCUAAGACCUAGGAAUUAUUUUUUUUCUAAAGUUUUGCCAUAAUUGUUUUUGUGAUAUUUGCAUAAAUUUUGAUUAGAAAUGUAGUCUUAUUAAUUUGUCCCUGUCUUGUAUACAUAUGUACUAAAUAAUUAUUGUAGUAUAAUUGAAAUAAUAUGAAAAAAAAUCACAAUAUUAUAUUAUAUUAAAAUAUUUAUGUUUAUUUGCAAUAAGUACACAUAAAAAAUUGUGAAAUUGUCAAUAACAGUUUUUAAUACCCCCGGUAGAUUAACCUACAGCAAUUUUGUGAUGAGGACAUUUUUUGCUAUUUAAUUCCCAGAUUAUUUCUAUUUUAAUAAGGUAAGCCAUCCAUCAUUAGGAUGCAAAGAUGUUUUAGUGCAUUUAAGAUAUAUUAACUACAAGAUUAUGAUAAAAAUUCUUUAAUGAAUUAACCAUUAUAUUAUUUUUGCAUGGAUUACAUUUUCGAAUAAAAACAUAAUGGCGCUACUAUUAUGAUAUGAUAUAUAAAAUGAUGGUAAUAAAACAGAAAAAAAUACUAUGAUUAUAUAGCAGUUUUAUUUUUAAUUUGCAUUCUUAAAUAACAUGAUGCUUACAUGUACAUGUAUAUAUCAAUCAUGUUCUCAAUGAAAACUAACUUUAAAACUAUUCAAACUUAACAUUUUGUGACUUCAUGAUCAAACUUAACCACUAGCAUUUUUUGUAUAAAUGAUGGAUGGAUUUUCUUACUACAAAGUGUUGUGAUGUAUUUUAACAAAGAUGUAUUUUUAAAUGUAAUAUAUUAUAGAUUGUAAUGAAACUGUUGAACAUCCACGCCACUUUGUUUAAGGGUUUGUUUUGCUGCUUUUGAAAGAAUGGUCUCAUUUAAAACAGGGUUUUUUCUUGGCGCUCAUUAAAUCACAUUUCCAGUCUCUAGCUGGACUCAAACUUUUGCUUCUGAACUCACACUUUUUCUUUGGAGACUGACACUUUCCAGUAUCUAGCUGGACUCACACACUUGCUUCUGAACUCACACUUUUUUCUUUGGAGACUGACACUUUCCAGUAUCUAGCUGGACUCACACACUUGCUUCUGAACUCACACUUUUUUCUUUGGAGACUCACACUUUCCAAUCUCUAGCUGGACUCACACACUUGCUUCUGAACUCACACUUUUUCUUUGGAGACUGACACUUUCCAGUCUCUAGCUGGACUCACACACUUGCUUCUGAACUCAAAACUUUUUCUUUGGAGACUCACACUUUCCAGUAUCUUGCUGCACCCACACUUUUGCUUCUUACCUCACACUUUUGCAUCUUAACUCACACUUUUCAAGUCUACGUCUGGGCUCUCACUUUUUCUUCGGUGUUUUACACUUCAUGGGUUAUAAAGUUCAGCUUAAAACAGGGGUUCAAAUAAACAAAAAAUGUUGAAGUAUUUAUACUUUUUCUGUAACAAUCUGUUUGAUCUCAAACUUUUCAGGUCAUAAAAAACACUGAAUGUAUCUUUUAACAAUUACCAUUCUAUAUCAAGACUUAGUCAUUGAAAAUACAAUCAAUUUAAUUUUACUAGGUAGUUGAGAAGUUGUUAAUGCUAUUUUAUGUUUUUAUGUUACGAUGAGGUCCAAAAUAAUGUAUUUUUCUGCAACUUAUUAUGUAAAACUGGUUAAGUUUUGGGCAGGGCCACCAUAAUGAUUUUUUUAGUGGAAGGUUGAACUUUCUUGCCAUCACUUUUGAAAGUUUUUUCCCAAACAUGGAAUUUUAAACACAAUUUUUUAUUUUCUUAUUGUGCGAAACGUUUGACAAAUUGUGAAAAGUCAAGUGUGUUCAAAUUAUUAAUUCAAUUCAAAAUUUAAAUGAAAAUGUGGUCAUUAAUAUAACAUUGACAAUCGAUGGGCUUAAAACUCCCCCUUUUGGCUUCAAAAUUUUGUUUUAAGUCACACUUGGGGAUGUUACGGGGUCAAGCCGUAAUACAGCCAUUAUAGGGCACUGGCAGACCUUGAUUAACUCCCCAAUAACAACAACAAAAAAUUCAAAGUUUUAUACAUUUGGUUGUUGAUAAAUAUCUCAUUUGUAGUAUUAUGGUAAAUACGGUAAGAAUCAAAAUUAUUAUUUUAUGUUUCCUACUUUUAGGUAUUUUUUUAAAUUCAAAUCUGAUACUAAACAUAGAAUCAAUUUGUUUUGCCCCUAUUGCUGUUGUAUUUAAACAAACUGAGGGCCAUUUCAUUAAAGAUUUUAGAGGAUUUAAUUGUCACUUGAAAUUUCAUAAAAGAUUUUAGUCGAUUUUAAUCCUCAAUAUUUAUAUUGUGUGGUAUUAAUGGGACUUGAUAAUUGUUUAGAAAUAAAGGAUUUUACUUUUAUUUUGGUUGUAAUGUAAGCUUACAAGUAUUUAAGUCGAUUGGAAAUUUAUGAAUUUAUUUAUUUUUCACAGGUCUAUUUCUACCCAAAAAUUUAGUAAAAAACAAUUGUCAAGUGGCAAUAAAAAAUAGGAUCAGGUGCAAAUAUUUGUGUAUCAGAUUAUUUUUUUCUUUUGUUUGACCUUGUUUUCAUUGAUUUAUCCAAAGAGAAAAAUGGAAAUAUAGUCUAGUCAUUAAAGCUGUAUUGUAAUUUUUACACUCGAAUAUUUUUUGUGCUCAUUUUCACAAACGCUGUCCCGAAUCAAAACAGGAGUUUUUAUAUUUUCGCUUUGCUAAACUUGUACGGUAUAUUGUAACUGUCAAGUACUGAAGGCAUCUUAUACCAUUACAAAACCCAGAUGGAUAUAUCUGGGGGACUAAUACAUAUAUAGGAGUUGCGUUCAUUACAUCUUGACAUGUCCCUAAACACAUUGUGUUGCAUGUGCCUCCCAAAGUAAUGUACCUACAUACAUGAAACUUAAUAGGUAUGUUGAUCAGCAUGAAAAUGAUGUUGUGCAUCUACCAUUUAUGUCAAAUUUCACUUACUAUGACUGACAAGAGUUAUGUCGCUUGAUUUAGUGAAAAAUGGUCUUUCAAGAGCAAUGGCCCUCGAUUUAGUUAAAAAAAAGGUCCAUUAAGUGAUUGGGUCUUAUGUACCUCAAAAGUAUUGCCCAUCCACUCAUUAAAGUUUAUAGGAAUGUUGAUAAGCAUUGGUUAUUAUGUUCUUGGUAUUGAUGUAACUUUUCACUAAGGUCUAACAAGUGUUUGACCCUUGAUUAAGUAAAAAUGUGUAAACAAAAUGUUGUGUCACAUCUAUCUCUCAAGGUUUUACACGUGAAACUUUAAUGGAAUGCUGGUCUGCAUGGACUGUCAUGCAUCUGCCAUUUCUGUCACAUUUCACUGGUUAUGAAUAAAUAGAGUUUUGGCACUUAGUAAAAAGUGGUCUGAAAUAUUGUAUCAAAUGAAGUACCAACAUUAUUGCACUUACAGUCAUUAAUCAUUAUGGGGAUAUUUAUCACUUCUGUGAUAGCUCUAGUUUGGCCAGACUUAGUGUUUUACUUUUAAUGUGUAAGUAUGUCUUCAUUCAGUGCCAAGUUUAAUUGCAAAUGUACACCUCAUUAUAACUGUCUUAGGACUGUGUUUGUACAGAUAAUUUUAAUUUUAUUUUCCACAUUGUUUAAAUGCCAACAUUGUUUGAAUUACUAUAUGCAUAGUCACAAGUGCAUUGAAAAUCUGGGCUAACUGGUUCAGCGAAAAAUUUGAUUUCGGUGACUACAUUUAUAUUUGAAAUCUUUGAAUGAUUCGUUGUUGUUGUUUUUUGCAUCUGAUGUAAAUUCAUUUUGCAUCACUCCUUGUCAAUGAAAUAACAAUGUUUGGUUUAACACUAAACACGUCAUUAGGCCUUCAAAAAUAAAUCACUGUUUCAGGUGUGGGGGGGGGGGGGUAACCUGAAACAAAUGAUUUUUAACCACUUAUUUACACGUCAUUUAUGCAUUGUUAUAAAGUUGCCCACAUGUGUAGAAAACUGUUGACAUUAUUGAAAUGCAUUUAUAUGACAAGAUUUACCCCAGUGGGCAAAUUUACCCCAGGGCAAAUAAGUGCAUAUUAACACAAAUACCCAUUUGGGGUAAAAAUUCAGGGUCAAAUUUGCCCCAUUAGCCUCGAGUUGGGAUAAAUUUACCCCUGUGGGUAUAUUAUGUCAUGUAAACGCACCAUAUUUUUUAAUUUUAUAAUGUUUAAAUGUUUCCAUAUAAAAAUGCCUAAAUGUUCCCAUACUAUUAUUUUAAAUGUUUUCAUUUUAUCACACUAUUUUAUAUCGUUAUUAUGUGUUACUUUAUUUUGUGUUUUAUGCUGUAUUUAUUUUAAUGUCCAAAGUUUUAUCAUGGUGUAUUUAAAAAUGGUAUGGGGAUGAAAUAAAAUAUUUUAAACUUG